AUGGUAGACCCCAAAGCCCAGUGCCUCAGUUUCCCAGGAUGCCAGCAGUGCUCGCCGCUGCAGCUGCUGCCUGUAGGGGCGCCCACAUCUGCCGCGCUGUCCGCGGGGCUGGACUACUCCCCGCCCAGCGCGCCCAGGUCGGUGGCGGCGGCCACCACGCUGCCCGCCGCCUACCCGCCCCCGCCGUCGGGGACGCCGGUGUCCCCCGUGCAGUAUGCUCACCUGCCGCACGCUUUCCAGUUCGUCGGGUCCUCCCAGUACAGCGGGCCCUACGCUGGCUUCAUCCCCUCGCAGCUGAUCUCCCCGACGGCCAGCCCCGUCACCAGUGCCGUGGCCUCGGCCGCGGGGGCCACCACUCCGUCCCAGCGCUCGCAGCUGGAGGCCUAUUCCACCCUGCUGGCCAACAUGGGCAGUCUGAGCCAAGCCCCCGGGCACAAGGCUGAGCCGCAGCCGCAGCAGCACCUGGGCAGGACACCGGGGCUCGUGCCCCCGGGCUCACCCCCGCCCGCCCCGCCGAACCAGUACGUGCGCAUCUCCGGCUCCCCGCAGGGCGCGGGGCGCGCGGCGUCCCCUCCGGCCAUCCCCGUCCACCUCCACCCGCACCAGACGAUGAUCCCGCACACGCUCACCCUGGGGCCCUCCCCCCAGGUCGUGGUGCAGUACAGCGACUCAGCCGGCCACUUCGUCCCGCGGGAGGCCGCCAAGAAGGCCGACGGCGGCAGGCUGCAGCAGGCCGCGCAGGCCAAGGAGCUCCUGAACGGCGAGCUGGAGAAGGGCCGCAGGUUCGGGGCGCCGAGCUCCGCCGACCUGGGCCUGGGGAAGGCCGCCAAGCCGCUGCCUCACCCCUACGAGCCCCGGCACGUGGUGGUGCACCCGAGCGCCGCCGACUAUGGCGGGCGCGACUCCGCGGGGCUCCGGGCCUCUGUGAUGGUCCUGCCUGCCAGCACCACGCCCGCCGCCGACCUGCAGGUGCAGCAGGUCCCGCACCGGGAGGCCUCGCCCUCCAGCCUCAACGACAAGAGCGGCCUGCACCUAGGCAAGGCCGGCCACCGGUCCUACGCGCUGUCGCCACAGCAGGCCCUGGGCCCCGAAGGCGUGAAGGCCGCCGCCGUCGCCACGCUGUCCCCCCACACGGUCAUUCAGACCACGCACAGCGCUUCGGAGCCACUCCCGGUCGGACUGCCAGCCACCGCCUUCUACGCGGGGACCCAGGCGCCGGUCAUCGGCUACCUGAGCAGCCAGCAGCAGGCCAUCACCUACGCCGGCAGCCUGCCCCAGCACCUGGUGAUCCCCGGCACGCAGCCCCUGCUCAUCCCGGUGGGCAGCGCCGACGUGGAGGGCUCGGGGGCCGCCCCCGCCAUCGCCACGUCGUCGCCGCAGUUCGCUGCAGUGCCCCACACGUUCGUCACCACCGCCCUCCCCAAGAACGAGAACUUCAGCCCGGAGGCCCUGGUCACGCAGGCCGCCUACCCGGCCAUGGUGCAGGCUCAGAUCCACCUGCCCGUGGUGCAGUCCGUGGCGUCCCCCGCCGCCGCGCCUCCCACACUGCCCCCCUACUUCAUGAAAGGCUCGAUCAUCCAGCUGGCCAACGGGGAGCUGAAGAAAGUGGAGGACCUGAAGACGGAAGACUUCAUCCAGAGCGCGGAGAUCAGCAGCGACCUGAAGAUCGACUCCAGCACCGUGGAGCGGAUCGAGGACAGCCCCCACCCGGGCGUGGCCGUGAUCCAGUUUGCCGUCGGGGAGCACCGAGCACAGGUCAGCGUGGAGGUUUUGGUAGAGUACCCUUUUUUUGUAUUUGGACAGGGGUGGUCCUCCUGCUGUCCGGAGAGAACCAGCCAGCUCUUUGAUCUGCCCUGUUCCAAACUCUCGGUUGGGGAUGUCUGCAUCUCACUGACCCUCAAGAACCUGAAGAACGGCUCUGUUAAAAAGGGCCCGCCCGUGGAUCCGGCCAGCGUCCUGCUGAAGCAUUCAAAGCCCGACAGCCUGGCGGCCAGCAGACACAGGUACGCCGAGCAGGAGAACGGCAUCAACCAGGGAAACGCCCCAAUGCUGUCCGAGAAUGGCGAACUCAAGUUUCCAGACAAAAUAGCAUUGCCCGCAGCGACCUUGCUCACCAAAAUAGAACCCGGCAAGCCCGCGGCCACGAGGAAGAGGAGGUGGUCGGCGCCCGAGACCCGCAAACUGGAGAAGUCGGAAGACGAGCCACCUUUGACUCUUCCCAAACCUUCUCUCAUCCCUCAGGAGGUUAAGAUUUGCAUCGAAGGCCGGUCUAACGUAGGCAAGUAGAGGCAGCGGCAGCGUGGGGAAAGGAAACAGGAAACUCGGCUCUCCCUUCUCAUUUGUAUCCAGAUUACUGUACUGUAGGCUAAAUAACACAGUAUUUACAUGUUACCCUCUUUAGGUUUCUGUUAUAACCUUGUCAUUAGAGUUACAGCUGGUGUUGCAGCAGGAGACCGGGGCACAUGCUUUUCCACGAGUGACAAGUGGCAGGUGGGGGGCGGGAGGGGGGCAGGGCAGGGCAUCCUGGGAGAAAGGAAUGUGGCUUCAGAGCACCUGCCCUUCCCAGCUGCCGGGGCUGUUCUGCAAGCAGGGAGCUGCCUGGGGGGGUGGGGGUGGGGCCCUGUGGGCGUGCACUCGGGGACUCCGGUGCAAGGCCUGGUGUGGGGGUGUCUCCUCUCUCUUGCCCUCCGCCCUGCCUGGUGAGGUUCUCACAUGCAACGCGACCACCAGGAACCCAGGUGCAGGGCCUGCUAGAGAGGCAUCCAACAGCAGACGGAAAGCCAACUGUGUAAAAGACCCUUUUUUCCCCCCUCCAACAUAUUUUACAAUAAAAGCAACUUUUAAUCCUA